AUGUCUACCGGAGACCCUGGGUCCCCACUGCCGGCACCGCCACCACCGGUAUCCGCCACCAGCGUCCAGCCCCCCCGCGACCGGAUCCCGAUAAGCUCGAAGAAGACGCAAGUCACGGGCCCCGCCACCGCCGCACCCAACUAUGCUGCCGCUGCGAGUCAGAUGGCGACUCAAACACCUGAACAACAGAAACAACAACAACAGCGUGCCAAGGCUCUGGGCAGCCUCCUACAAGCCAUGGGUGCUGUACCCGGAAACCGCAUGGAUCGCUGGGUCCAGGCCAUCUACUUUGCCGAACUCUACCCCGUCGCCACCGCCACAUCGCUGAAAUUUUCGGCCUUGAACGCGAACCGGUCCGUCGAGAACAUCUUCGAUUACACCCUUGAAGUGACUCUGUCUCACCAGAGCGCCUCGCGAGCGACUCAUGCCGACAAGAUCGAUCUCGUGGCCUGCGUCACGAGGCUGCUAUCGCCCAUCUCUCCUAUCUGCUUUGAGCCUGGAGUUCCUCUGCCGGACCAUCUUGCGGCUUAUCAACCACAGAUCUUAGGCGUACAACAUUCAUCAAUCCUGCGUAAUGGGGCGGCUCACCAUCGCGUUACGGUUGGGUUCGUCACCGGCGAGGCACGUGACGCGGCGCUCACGACGCCCCCCGCUCUCACUUGGCGAUCGGCGAAGGCCCGCUUCGCGAAGUCUCACAGGUUCCACCAUAACAUGGUCGAGCUUCGAAUCAACGUCGGUGUUCAAGGAGUGCCCUCCAUGGAUGCCAUCAUCAAAUUGUUCCAAUCACUUGUGCAAGACCUGUCAGGCAAGGGACAUUCAUGCCAACUUGUGCAGGUUCUGCGCGUUAUCAGCGUGGACAACGCCUCGGCCUUCGCCCACGUUGCCGGAGACUACUCGGCUUUCCUACACUUCGAUGACGACUCCCUAUUCCAACGCCCCAACACGACCUUGAAGGAGAUUCUACCUUCGAGGAUCGACCUUCCCACUCGAGGCAUCCCGGUUACCGCCCUUCGCCAUGACUAUGAGAAGGAGGCGGCUUGCGGUAGGUGCCACUUUGUGGGUCACGUGGGAACCUGCGGACUGGAUCAGGAGAGGAAGCGGAAGGAGGCUCACAACGGCAUCAUCAACAGCAACAAAAACACCAUCACCCACAACACCAACAUCGCGGAGGCCGAGGCCCCCAUUCCUGUGCUGGUUGUUAACAGGAUCGCAUCACAGAAUCACUUCGCCGGGCUCGAGGUCGAGGAGGGACAGGAGGAAGAGGUAACUGGCCAGGGCGAACAGGGACCGGAGGAAUCGGGGGAGGAAGACGCUGGUGAUAAGGCGGAUGACGAGGACUCGGAGGACUCGGAGAUGGAAUCGGAGGCGGCCGCGAAAACGGAGGUCAUCAAAAUUGAAAGCGAGGACGAGUCGGUCUUGGAGGACUGCAGCGGAUCCGAUGGAGAGGUGAUUGAUGAGAAUGAGGUGAUGGCGGAUGAAAGAGGUGAAACGGAAGGAGAGGUGGCUACGGAGAUGGAGGAAGAGGAGGUGGCGACGGAGGUGGGCGAUGUGGACGAAGCGAGGGGAUCGACGAAAGCGGAGAAUGCGGAAGCGACGGACUUAGGGGAAACGAACAGGCUGGACAAUGACGACGACAGCGACGCCACAGCAACCGCCGCCACCGCUUCCCGCGAAUCGACGCCGCAUGAACCAACCCCACCUCUGUCACCCGAAACUCUCGCCAAGUCGCUACGCGAGGGGGAGGAGUGGGACAGGAUCAGAGCUAACUGGGUUGAGCAGGCACGACUUGAGCGGGACCAAAGCAUCGAGAGGAGGCUCAACGCUGAAACCCCUCUGGUGCGUCACAACUUUGCCACGUGGGACGAGGACGGUGAGAUACGCUCCAUCAACAUCAGGGGGACCGCUGUGAAGUUCAAGAAGCAGGUGAUGAAGAGGUCGCAGACUGCGGCGGACCUCAGUGACCCAAGUGACGAACCGACCGACGCCAAGCGAGUCAUCAUCAAAGGGAAGAGCCGCGUCGUGGUGAAGGAUGGAAUAGAGGGGCGGAGGGUGACGAGGUCGAUGUCGGCGGCAGCGGCGAUGCAGGUCGAGGUGACGAAGGUGGACAGAGGGAAAGGAAGAGGGGUAGCUGAGGAAAAACGAUGGUCCGACCACGAGCCCGAGGACGAUGUCCUGCCCGCCCUUCCCCUCUUUGAGGACGUCACCACCGCCAAGAGCGCCUCGACCUCGACUACCCAUUAAUGAUCAAGCACACCAUCAUCACCUGGAACGUAAGAAGGGGCAUGGGGGUCCCGGAAAAACGACGUAAUAUCUACACCUACCUUUCCACAUUCAAAGCUUCCGCGAUUCUCUUACAAGAGCAUUUCAUCAGACCACAAUUCUGGCAGCUCAUCAAGGACGAGUACGAGGGCAAGCUCUUCAUCAACCAGUGUUGAACUUCGCUCCAUCUCACUUCUAGGACAAUAUGCGCUCACUGAAGUAGAGGUGCCUCACCUUUUGGUGCAGUGCUAUAUUGUUCCUUCAUAGGUUAUGAGCCCAACGAGCUACCAGCUGCUCAUGAGUUCAAUCCCCCCUGGGGUCAGGCAAUUUUGCGCGCAUACACUCAGCGUCCCGGCCCCCGCACUUGCCCAGCAGCGUGCCAAGCACCCUGGCGCAUCGACAGUGCUCACAGUGCCCAAGCUGCACUUGCCCAAGCGACCUGAUCAACAUGCCCAGUUGCCUCACAGCCGCACCCACUGCCACAAGCUCUUCAGCUUCGCGCACAGGGGGGUGUUGAACUUCGCUCCAUCUCACUUCUAGGACAAUAUGCGCUCACUGAAGUAGAGGUGCCUCGCCUUUUGGUGCAGUGCUAUAUUGUUCCUUCAUAACCAGCACUGCCUGACCCUGAUCCCGGCCGACUCGCCCCUGAUCGACGCCGAGCUCUUGCGCACCCACUCGGCACUCGACGGCCGGCUCCUCGUCACCUCCUUUCGUCUGCGGGGCGACAUCAAAAUUCUAGAAAUCAAUAACCUCUACGCGCCCGUUGACCCAAAACAACGAGCAAAAUUCUUCGACAAACUGAUCCUCCACAAAACACAGAAAUCCCACCUCCGACUCCUUGGCGGCGAUCUCAACGACUGCCCGCGCCCAGAAGUCGAUCGGCGGAACCAAAGUCGGCGCGGCCACCACUGGCCGAUUCUGAUGGGCAAGCUCGACUCGGCCUACACGGACUGCAUCCGCUACAAGCACCCCAUCACCCCAUCUUUCACUCGACCUAAUCCCAAUCGCAAGCGACCCAACUCCUUCUCCCGGCUUGACUACUUUCUCCUACAAAGAGCUCACCAAAAAAGGCUCGACCAGGCCUCGACGAUCUACGACUAUCCCAAGGAUCUUUCCGAUCACCGACCGGUCUUGAUCGUACUGGCUCUCUCAGACGAUCUUGAUGCGGCUCUCCCACAGCUCAGCCUACCUACCACAUCCAACCAACUACAUCGAAUCAAUACCACAACCUUCAAGACGGUGGAAUUUCAGCGGAUGAUGGAAGGAUGGUUGGAAGGGGCAAGCGGGGAGGAUCCGGUGCGAGAGCUUGAGGAGGUUCUGGAGGCGUGCAGGGACAGGGGUGGGGAGAUGGCGAGGAGGCUGCAUCGGGAGCGGACGGAACGGAUGGAGUAUUUGGUGGGGAGGGUGCAGGAUCUGGAGGUGUUACCGGUAUGGGGGGAGGCGGAAACGGCAGAAUGGACAAGGACGUCCGAGGAACUCAAGCGGGCGGUCAAGGAGCGCGCGCGCCUACUCCGGAUCCGAGCCCACGUCCCCGAGAUCGCUUCCGAGGAACGACUGUCGCGGCCGGUCCACGCCAAGCUCGCGGCGCGGAACUCGGACUCCAAGAUCACAGCACUGCGCUUGGGCAACGGAGAGCUAACGCAUGACAUUGAUGUCGCUCUUGACCACACGCAGGCGCAUUUCCAGCGCCUCUACCACAUCGAGCCUCGUGAUCCGGAACGCGUCGACCGACUUCGGGACGAACUCCUCGUGCCGAUCAGGGCGGCACGGACUUGCGACGACCCGCGCUCAGAUCCGCUCUUUCUGCGCCGACUCUCGGAAGCGCAGAUUGAUCUCCUCCAGCAACCCAUCACCGAGGACGAGGUCGUGGCCGCGAUCGGGACGACGCACCCGGGGUGAUCGCCGGGCCCGUCGGGCGUGCCUUACGAACUCUAUCAGACCGCACCGGAGGCGUGGUCCAAGGUGCUGACCAAGGCCUACAACGCGAUGAUCGAGCGCGGUUCACUCUCUCCCAAGCAGGGCCAGGGACUUGUGCGCCUCAUCUUCAAGCGCCACAAGAAGAAUGCCGAUCGCGCCGAACUCUCGUCGUAUCGCCCCAUCACCCUGCGCGAGUGCGAUUACAAGAUUUUUACCAAGGUCUACGUCGCCCGAUUGAACCAAAUUCUGCCCGAUCUCCUCCCGCCGCAGCAGCACGGCUUCGUCAAGGACCGCCGAUCGGCCGACGCUGCACUACACCUUCGUCUCCUGAUCAAGGAACUUGGCGCGCGCAGGACCGAGUUCCCCGCGGCCGCGCUCUUGUCUCUUGACCAAUCAUCCGCCUACGACCUCGUCGAGCAUGACUGGAUCUUUGCCAUUUUCGACGCUCUGGGCGUUCCUACCACCUUUCUUCGCGUGCUGAGGAUGCUCUACUCGGGUGACUCGACCUCGGCGCGCUACAUCAUCAAUGGGUUCCUGACGGCGCCGGUGCGACUGACGUGUGGGCUCGGCCAAGGGGACCCGGCGUCAUCGUCGGUCUGGGACAUCGUGUUUCAGCCGUUCCUGGAUGCUCUACACCGUCGAAACAUCGCGCUGAAUCUCUCCAUACCUGCACUUCAUCCGUACCCACAGAGCCGCGCCAUUACAUCACUUGCAUUUGCCGAUGACGUUGUCGUCGCCGUCGCGGGCUUGGAGUCACUCAACUUGCUCGAUGACCUGGCGCUCGACUGGAGGCAUGCAACGAAUGGCCGGCUCAACACGGACAAGACGGUCGUCCUACCGAUUGGACGUCGCUGGGACCCUGGGGAACGGCCAAUCGUCGUCAAGGCCGCAGGCGAGUCGCUCGAGUGGAUCGUGUUGAACUUCGCUCCAUCUCACUUCUAG